CCCCCCACCCGAAGCAAUCGACUCGCGAACUAUCACGGCCUGGACAGUUUGUGGUCAUCGACAACAUGGGGUCUGUUAAUCCACCUGCGAAAAACAAAGGAGGCUCCUUCCCGUACGCGUGCAAGAUCACCGACGACUACACGAAGAUGAAAGAAGUGUACCUGCUUCGCAAGAAAUCUGACACGACCGAGGCGGUGCACACGUACAACAUGUGCGUCGCAGCGGCAGGAGGCUACCGGAUCGAGACCAUCCGCUGCGACAAGGGAGGCGAGAACACCGGAUCCGAAUUUCGGGACUACUGCAAGAAUUCAGCUACCAAGCUCGAAUACGCCGCCACCAACACCACUCAACAAAUUGGUGUAUCGGAACGGGACGGACAAACCCUGGCCGGAGUCACCCGGUGUCUUCUGAAGGAUGGAGAUUUUCCGCCGUCCAUGUGGGGGGAGUUAAUGCUGACUGCAGCAUACCUGUUGAACAGGUCCCCACACUCAGCACUGGGAGGAGCUACGCCAUACUCGAAGUUGCACAAUAAGUCACCUGAUCUCUCGGGACUUCGGGUCAUUGGAGCGCGCGCCUUCGUACACCACGAGAGAUACCGAAAGAAGCUGGACGACAGAGCUUUCGAAGGCAAGCUAUGUGGUUUCGGCCUCGACAGCCAGACCUACCGGGUAUUGAAUCCAUCCAACGGGGCCGUGGUCGAGAGCCGGAAUGUGACUUUCAUCGAAUCUCCACCCCGCUCAGUGCCCGUCCAGUAUUCCACUGAAGCAAACGGGUACGAGAGCGACGUGCUGAGCUUCACCUCCCUGAUGGACAGCCCCCACUCGACGAGCGACCUGGACUUCACGGCGCAGAACGAACUCCUUCGGCAAGAGGUUCGGAAGAUGCAGCAAGACAAUCUCGCUCGGGAGAAGCUUCGCCUAGAACUGGACGGGCACGAGGACGAACAUGGAAACGGGCAAGAUCUCGGCGACGGGGACGCUCCAUCACCACAUCUCCCAUCGACGCCAGCUGGACCGUCAUCCGAGACCCACGCAUCUAGCCCCAGUCCAUCAUCGUCGAACCCGACUGAACCGGACACUUCUGCAUCAACUGGAUCCUCCGGCAUGCGGCGCCUGCAAGUCACCAGAGCCAGCACGCGCGGGAAGCCCACCAGCGACGAUCAUUUCGACGUCAACUUGGUUCCUGCCAAUCUGGAAGUCACCAUGAACGACCGCGGUCGAGCCCAUGCUACAACGGGCCGCGUGGAGCCAUCCGGGCUUCCCUUCACUCAGCUGGCUGAGAUAGCCGAUCAAGCCCGGCUCCCAUGCCCUGGCGAUACUGAGGAUUUCGCCCACGUUGCGGAAGACCCCUUCACGGUGCCGCGUGCUCACGCCUACGUCACGACCACUCACGAACACCACGGGAUCUUGGAGGAGACGAAUCAAGCGAUCAAAAUCCCCAACACCUACGACGAAGCCAUGAGCUCUCCCCAGCGCGAAGAAUGGACAGGAGCGUGCAGCAAGGAAAUGGACGAUCUGCGGAAACACAAAGUCUACAAUCUGGUGCCCCUCAGCAGCGUUCCCAAGGGAGAGAAGGUCCUCGGAACGAAAUUCGUCUUCAAGAACAAGCUGGACGGACGCUUCAAAGCUCGCCUGGUAGUCGGAGGACAUCGUCAAGAGCCAGGACAGGACUACGGACGCAGCUACGCACCAGUAUGCCGUAUCGGGAGCAUUCGCAUGACGUGCGCCAUUGGCUGCCACAACAACUGGCCCAUCUACCAACUGGACGUUGUCGGUGCCUUCCUGAACGCCCUCUGCGGUAGAGAUGUGCACGUCAGACCCGCCCCCGGUACAUCCGCCAAGAACUCCGCGACGGGAGAACCCAUGGUGUACAAACUAGAACGGAGCCUCUACGGCCUAUCGCAGUCGCCUGCGCUCUGGAACGACACCCUGGACGAAUCCCUCACGGUGUUCGGAUGGAAAAGGACUCAAUCCG